GUUUGAUUGGCCAUCGAUGCCUGUCAGUCACCCAAGGGUAAACCAGCUAGUUGCGCCGUGUUUUUAAAUGUGACGCUUGUUGUGACAUGAGGGAAGGUUGAAUGUUUUAGUGCGGGACGUCGGUCAGAUGCAUUUGAAAGAUGAACAGUAAAUCCAGUCCUCAGAAGGUCCGGAAUGUGGAUCGCAACCCUUGCAUUGAGGAGAGCGACGGUUCUCAAAAAUGCCUGGAUGCAUACAACUACGAUAAGAACAUGUGUUCUGCAUACUUCUUGAGGUAUAAAAACUGCAGGAAGUACUGGCAUGCCGUGAUGGCUCAGCGAAGACGUGAUGGAGUCAAACCGGAUAUGCCGGCCGCUGAGGAGCGAGAGCGGAUCAUUGCGGCCCUCGGAGGGAAACCCUACUGACGGCACAUCUGUGGUCAGCGCUUAUGUGCUCAUUUCACCUCGCUGUAAGAGAACUCUUUAUCAGAGGAGGAACAUUACGAACCCCAGCAUGCUGUUCUGUGCGAGGAGAGAGCAACGAAUACCUCUUACUCGCACCACCAGUGACAGGCAAUUAAAACCUCAUUCAAGAAGCACUCAUGAGCAUUGUUAUAAAGAGUUGGAAGUUUAAAUGAGGGUGUGUUUUAAAACGGUGUGUAUUCAGUUUCUUUGUAUUUGUAAAUUAUGUAAUUGCCAAAAUAAGCACU